AUGGGAUCUGCCCUUGGAAUUAUAAUAUUGAUUUGCCUACUUAAUGAAUCAAUAAAAGCGUCCGAAGUUCCGAGUAAUAUUACAAAGCUUUACAAGAAAGAAUUAUCAGAUGUGAAUGAAAGAGACAAAAGACUUAAAGUUAUGUUUAGUAACUUUCAAGAAAGUAAACAUCACAACGGUGAAUUUCAGCCAAACGUAAACAGCACAAUAAUAAGUAGAGUAUGGGAACUAUUGAAUCACUGUUUUCUAACUUUUGAUAAUUUGGCUAAACUUAUUCAAAAUGAUCGUGCAUUAAAAUAA